AAAAUCUGUGCGGGACGAGACACCAGUUUCUCAUAUGGUGAGAAGAAAAAGUCAAAUAAUAGUAGAAAGGGUUGAAUUGUACGUCAUCAUACUCACUUUAAGUGAGAAGACGUUAAAUUAAUUAUUGUAAGUAAUGACAUUUAUUUACAAUGCAAUUUUUUUCCUGCCUAAAUGCCCUGUGUGCAGUUAGAAUUUGUGUACCUUAUUAAGUGAACUGCAUUUCGGGUAGAUAUCUAGAAGUUGUAAUGUGUAAAGUAGUGGUGAAAAAGUGGCAGGCAAGUCGUUAUGGAAGAGGUGGAUUAUUUGAAUAAAUUAAUUGUAGGAAUAUUCUCAGUACUAUUUCAAAUAUAUAUACUUCGGACCUUCUUCUUCCCUCGGCUGCGGAACAGACUAGAUCCCACGACCGUUAAAGUUCCCCUGGGAGCCGUGGAACAAACGUUGCAAGACCUAACUGAAAAGAACGAAAGGCUCAUUAGAGAAAAUGAAAGGCUCCUUAUAGACAAUGAAAACUUAAAGAUAAAACUAAGGUCGAGGCGAAAGUGAAAGUCGAGGAUUUCGGUUCUUGUACGAAGAAAUUAAAUACAUGCGCUGCAUGAUUCGUGUAUAUAGAUAAUUCAAUUAAGUUACGUCUGCAUUCUAAGUAUAAAUUUUUGAUACAAAUUGUUGGAAACAAAAUCCAAAAAUCGACUCGGCUCGCCAAAUGGAGGAAUUAUCCCUUGACGAAGAAAGUCAUCAUCAUCUCUUGAAUGAGAAAUUAUUCACGCUCGCAGAAAUAAGUGACGAUGAGAAUGAGACUACUCCUCCGGAAGAAGAAGUAUCGGCCGCCUUCAUUCAUUCACCUAAUCAGACAACCAUAUCGCCAAUGAUGGCUGACUCGCCGUCGACAACACCAUCCUCCUUAACACCAUGUGUAAAGUGUCAGAAGACGGAGGAAUCUGUGGAACUCAGAGUGGCGCAGGUCAAGGCCCAAUUAGAGACUGAAAUCACCAGAAUGAAAAAGGAGGUAGAGUCAGCUACGAAAACUAAAGAAAGUGUAGUCAUGAAAUAUGCCACUGGUGAAAUGGAGCUGUUAAAAUUGAAGAAAAGUAUAGAAAACUCGGACAAAUUAAUCAAACAGUUUAAUAACGAUAUCGAAAUAGCGAAUAGAAAACACAAAAUGCUGUCAUCAGAGAGAGAAAGGCUAUCUCUUAUGAUUGAUGCCAAGGUGCACGAUAUCGAGGAUCUUCAAAAGGAAAUUAAUCGCCUUCAUCAAGAUAUCCAGUCCAGGGAUUUCAAAUUUACUUGGACACAAAAUAAACUGAGGGAAGAAUCUGAAGCUCAUAAUGCGACAAGACAAACAUUAGAGGCCAAAAUUGCUGAAAUUGAAAAUGAGCUGAAAGUGCUGAAAGAGUCCACAUCCUCUAGUGUUUCAAAUGGAGAGCUUACUAGUAAUUGUGAAUACAAAAAAGAUGCCGGUGAUGAUACAGAGACCUGUGAAAUAGUAACCAUAAACGGUCAAGAAAGUAGUAAUUCCAAAUUGACUUCAUCUCCAUCGGGAGCGGAGAGCGUGAUAGAUUCUUUGCGAGAGAAAAAUGCGCAAUUAUUGGAAGAAAACAAAUCAUUGUCAUGCAGCAUUGCAAUAUUGGAACAAGAGCGAUUACAAGUUGAAGCCUCAAUGGGCCGCCUGCAAGAAUCCAACUCUGAACAUUUACAUCAAAUUGCUGUCCUUCAAUCCGAUCUUGCUGCCACUGAAUGUCUCAAAGUUCAAUUACAAAAGGAAAAGGAGUUGGUAAAGGUGCUAGAGAACGAAUGUGAAGGGUUACGACAAGCCCACGUUGACGUUUUAAAUGACAUGUCUGUCUGUCGUUCAAAAGAAGCUGAACUACUUGCAUAUACACAACAAGUCACUGAGAAAAAUGUUGCACUGCAGUCAAAGUUAUCUUCUAUUGAGGCCAAGAGCGAUGUUCUGAAAGAUGAAAACGAACGUCUUCGACAGCAUGGGGACAAAUUAGAAGGUGAUAUUCGUGAUCUCCAACAAAUAAUGACCAACGAAAGCAAGUAUCAACUAGAGGAAAAACAAAUGAUAGAAAAUGAUGUAAACACCAGUAAAGUGAUUAUUACUCAAUUGCAACAACAAUUGGAUGAAGCUCGUGGAGAAAUUGGCCUUCUUAACCGAAAAUUAAAUUCCAGCGUUAGGGAGCUCAGUAAGGAACUUUCUGUGGUCAGAAAACAAGUAAAAGAUGGUCACCCUGGGUCAGACGGACUAAGCCAAAGUUCACGGACUAGCUCUAGCAGUUCCCUCACAAAUGGUGAUUGUUCUUCGCAAGAAAAACUUAAACAAGAAGACACCACAGCAUGCAAUGGUUCCACCAGUGAUCAGGAUCAAGAAUGUCCUGUGAUACCAGAUCAGCAAGUCCUCAUCGAAAGAAUAGUUAAACUACAACGAAUGCUGGCGAAGAAGCAAGAUAAACUGGAAUUUCUUCAAGAACACGUCAAACAACUUGUCGAGUCAUUACAAAAAAAGUCUAAAAUUAUUCAGGGAUAUGCAAUGUCACAAGAUAUUGAUGCCUUAUCCUCAAAUCUCGCAGAGAAAAACAGACUUGCAUUGGAUUCAAUUUAUGCGGCUGAAGUUUUGAAACAUAAGGGAAUAAUGGCAUCAGUUUACGGAUCUAAACCGGCCGAUGAUGCGAUGACUUUGGAUCUCUCUCUAGAAAUAAAUAGAAAACUUCAAGUCGUUCUGGAAGAUACUUUACUUAGAAAUAUUACGCUUAAAGACAGUCUAAACACUCUUGGAAAAGAAAUUUCGAAACUGACAGACUCGAAUAAUGAAUUACACAACCAAGUACUACAAUUGGCAAAAUAGUCCUCCUUCAGCAAAAUUAUUUGUCCUACAAAAUAUGGAACUUAAUUAUUUUAGCUUAUUAGACUCUAAAAGUUACAUACUUAUUAAUGUAGCUAAAUCUACUUGUCAUGAAUUUUGAUGAUAUUUAUUGUGAAGGUCCCUCUAUCCUAUUAUAUAUCAAGACUCAAAUUCCAGUAUACAUAUUAUAUUUUAUUGUACCCAAACGCAUCGCAUUCGAAUCGAAUACCUGAUAUUUAAGUAAAGAAAUAAAAAAAACAGAAUGUUGACCAUUCCACACGACAAAGGAAA